CCUAAAUGAAAACAAAUGGCAAAUGAAUGUCACAUUUAAUUGCGAUUAUAAUUAGCUUUUAAUCCGUUAUUUAAUCGCCAAAUACACGCUAAGCAAUGGAAAUAUACAAAACGAUCCCGAUCAUGAAGAAUUUGCCCCUGGUCAUUGAGUGCAUAUGCGCUUUCGACGACUACAUAAUCAUUGGCACUAAGCAGGGUCACCUACUCAUGUAUAAACUCGAGAUCAAAUACAACCAAAUGAAUGAAAUCAAACCAGAGAUCCAUUUGUUGCGCUCAAACAAGGCGUUCGCUAAGAAGCCCAUCGUUCAGAUCGAAGCGGUUCCCGACCUCCGCAUACUUGUGUCCCUAUCGGACAACGUGGUCAGUGUCCACAACUUGGAUCAGAUGACGUUCCCACUGAUCACGUGUGUGACCAAAACGAGGGGCGCCUCCCUAUUCGUGCUGGACGUCCAACGGCAGCGAACCCUUACGGGUGAACACCAGUGCACUCUCCGGAUGUGUGUUGUCGUCAAAUAUCACUUACAGCUCUUCUACUGGAAGAAUAACGACUUUCACGAGUUGUCGGCCGACCUAAAAGUGCCGGAUCUGCCGAAAACGAUCGCCUGGUGCUCGCAGUCCCUGUGCGUAGGCUUCCGGUCGGACUACUCGCUCAUCAAAGUGGUGACCGGAGAGCCCAAAGAGCUGUUCCCGACGGGUGACAAACCGGAGCCAUCGGUGGUGCUGUUGGAGGGCAACCGACUGGCGCUCGGAAGGGACGGCAAGACGUAUAUCAUGAACGCCGAGGGCUCGCCGGUACUCAACUACCCGAUCACGUGGUCGGACACACCCCUCAGUCUGGUGGACGACUCGCCCUAUUUGGUGGCCGUAUUGCCCAACAAUGUCGUGGAACUGUUGACAGUGGAGCCCAAAGUGGACAUUCAGAGGGAGGACUUGUCGGACAAGUUGACCACAAAUCGCAUAAAACUGAUCGUCAAGUGCGCCAACAAGAGGGGGCACCUCCUCCUCGCGUCAGCCAAUGACGUAUUUUGUAUGAUACGAGUGCCGCCCGAACAGCAGAUCUACAAACUGAUGGCUGAACACCACUUCGAGUUGGCCCUACAGGUGGCCGACAUGUGGACCGACAGCUCGGAGUAUGAGGUGAUCGGUGGCGACGAGGGGUUGGCCCCCGCGGGCGGCGCCGGUAUCACCAAAAAGGAGCAAAUGAUGGCUAAGAUCAAGAAUAUGCACGCAUUUGACUUGUUCUGUAAGAAGCAGUACAAGGAGGCGCUCCUACUGUUCCUCAAGUUGGGUACCGACCCGUCGCAAGUGAUCGGUCUGUUCCCGGACCUCCUGCCCGACGACUUCCGCAACAAACUCGAGUACCCGUCGAAACCGCCGGCGCUCGUGGGCCACGACCUCGAGACGGGACUGUUCUGUCUCAUCGACUAUCUGCUGGAAGUGCGUCGAAAUCUGGCCAACGAUAAGUCGGUCCACAACAGCGCCAUUACCUCAUCUACCGGUAGCGCCGGUAGUAGUGAUAACAGUGCCGUCGUCGAUGGCAACGCCUCAGCCAAAGCCAAGUAUCAGCUCAAGAGUAUCAUCGACACCACGCUCUUGAAGUGCUACCUGCAGACCAACGACGCACUGGUAGCCCCGUUGCUACGGCUGCCGGACAACCGGUGCCACUUGGAGGAGGUGGAGAAGGCCCUCAAGAAGCACCACAAGUAUAAUGAGCUGAUUAUCCUCUACCAGAACAAGGGUCUGCAUAAGAAUGCGUUGGAUCUGCUGUACAAACAGAGCCGCAAACAGGACUCGCCGCUGGCCGGGUAUAAGCGAACGGUGCAGUACUUGCAGCACAUGGGCGCCGAGCACCUGGAGCUCAUAUUCGAGUACAGUGGGUGGGUGUUGAAGCAGCACCCGGAGGAGGGCGUCAAGAUAUUCACCGAUGACAUGGCGUCCGACACGGAGCUACUGCCCCGACAUGAGGUGAUGCUGUUCCUGCAGCAGACAAAUGGCGAUCUACUGAUCCCCUACUUGGAGCACGUGAUACACGUGUGGAACGACACCACACCGGCCUUUCACAACACCCUGAUUCACAAGUAUAGGGAACGCGUGAGGAUACUGUUGACCGACUAUAAGAGUACCUGCGCUGAGGGCGACGAGAGUGUAGGCGCCGGUGAGGAGCCGGGAGAGUUGGGUGACCUGAGGCGCAAACUGUUGACGUUUUUGGAUGAGUCCGACCACUACUCGACCGAAACGCUGCCGACGUAUCUGUUGAAUGACGGGUUGUUUGAGGAGAGGGCUGUCGUUAUGGGAAAGAUUGGUAACCAUAAGGAGGCGCUCGUCAUAUACGUCCAUAUGCUUCACGACACGCAACGCGCCGAACAGUACUGUCAGCGGAUGUACGACAAGGGGUUGGACGCCAAUAAAGACGUAUUCCUCACACUCUUAGAUCUGUAUCUAUCGGUGCCACCGCUGAUGCCGUCGAAAGUGGCGGCGAACCCAUCGCUCAGCAAACUGGAGGCCAAUAUCCAUGUUAGGGGAACCGGACUUUAUGUGCACUUUUUCCGAUGCCUUUUGAAAACGGUAUUCCUCACACUCUUAGAUCUGUAUCUAUCGGUGCCACCGCUGAUGCCGUCGAAAGUGGCGGCGAACCCAUCGCUCAGCAAACUGGAGGCCAAUAUCCAGUCGGCGAUCCAGUUGUUGACCAAACACUCGACUAAAAUCAAUGCCUUGAGUGUCGUGAAGCUGCUGCCGGCGAGCGUACCGGUGCUGGCGAUCGAGGAGUUUCUGCAGUCGACCACUAAUCACCUGCUGAUGGAACGCCACUCGAAGCAGAUCUUCCGCAACCUAUUGCUGGCACAGCACCUGCAGGUACAGCAGCAACGGAUCCGUUUGCAACAGAAUAAGCUGGUGGUCGACGAACACGACUCGUGUCGGGUGUGCCAUAAGAGGAUCGGCUUAAGUGUAUUCGUACGGUUCACUAAUCGAGAUUUGGUUCACAUUGGCUGCAGAGAUAGGUAUACAUCAAAAGAGCUCCGACACCUCGCAUCGUAGCCGUGUUUUAGUGUUAGGAGUAGAUUAUUAUCUCGUGUUUUGUGUUUUGUUUUUUUUAAUGAAAUCAAUUUUUUACGACUAUUUAUUAAAUUUUAUUAUUUUUUCGGUUAAAACUUUAUUAAAAACUCAUAAAAUAUAUACUAUUUUUUUCGCUGCC